CACGCAGCGAACAAGCCAUCCAGGGACGAGACCAAGCCGUCUCACACUCCCGCGACCAGACCUAGCGCCGGCGGCGGACCAGCCGAGAAGGGAGCUUGCGGGAGCGGCGGACCAGGGAGCCGGCGGGGGCGGCGGACUGCCGGAGCUCCGCGCCAGAAGCGAGGUGCUCACGCGCCCACCGACGAGCCGCGCCAAGCCGCCAACAGCCAACCCAUCGCGGCUGCGCCCUGCCUGCGUGCUGCUCCGACCCCGGCUCCCUAGUCCGCCGCUCCGCGCCAGCAGCGAGGCGCGCACGCGCCCACGAGACGCGCCAACAGCCAACCCAUCGCGGGCAUUGAUUUACAGAAAUGAAGAGAAAAAAUAUGAGCAUAAACAGUUUUUUUGCAAGUAGUUCAAUCACUCCUCGUGUCGAACCUGAUCCUAUCCCAGCCAGUCCACUGAUCCCAGAGAAUGUGAACCCAGAUCCCCUUCCCCUGAUUGUAGUGACCAUAGUUCCUCCUUCAACUAAUGAGAGAACUGAUCCCUCAACCCCAAGGGAUGAUAGAAAUGACACCACAUUUGAUGAAAGUACAAACCAACCAAGAAUGCCUAUACUAGAGUUUCAUCCAAGUCAAAUUAUUGCUGAUCCAGGACUUAGAAUUCCUAUAGAAGAUUAUGCCCCUGAAAUUAGAAGAAGUGAUGUGCGAAGAGCUUAUUUGUUGAACAAACGAAACAAAGCUGUUGGGCAUACAUUCAAGAACACAAAGGAUGGUAAAAUUUGGAGAUCCUUUCAACGUGCGUGGCUCGACAAGUUUGAUUGGUUGGAAUACAGUGUGGAUAAGGAGGCUGCGUUUUGCUUUCAUUGCUUUCUUUUCAAGAAACCAUCCCAGGCCAUUAGAUUUGGCAAUGAUGUUUUCAUGAAAGAUGGCUACACUCGUUGGAAAACAGGUCUAGCUAGUUUUGAAAAGCACGUUGGUGGUCAAUCUAGUUACCACAACAUUGCUAGGGGAGAUUGCGAUGAUUUCAACAAUCAACAAGCAAGUGUGGCUACCAAAUUCCCUGUGUACAGCAAGGAGUCUGAGAUAUCUUAUAAAAUCCGCCUAACUGCAUCAUUGGAUUGUGCAAGGUAUCUCAUAGCACAAGGUGAAGCUUUUCGUGGGCAUGAUGAAUCCUCCACUUCCAUCAAUAAGGGCAAUUUUAGAGAGUUGUUGGACUGGUACAAGAACAAGAAGGAAGAUGUGAAGGAGGCAUUUGAUAAGGGGGCUGGAAAUGCACAAAUGAUUUGUUCUGACAUCCAAAAGGACCUUGCUGCUGCUUGUGCAAUGGAGGUAACCAAAGUUAUUAAGAAUGACAUUGGAGAUAAGAAAUUCUCAAUACUUAUUGAUGAGGCUAGAGAUUGCUCAAUAAAGGAGCAAAUGGCGGUGAUUGUGAGAUUUCUAGAUGAUCACGGGGUGCUCCAAGAGAGAUUCCUUGCCAUUAAGCACAUCACAGAUUGUACAUCUGCUGGAAUUAAAGAAGCUUUGGUUGAUAUGUUGGAAUUUCAUGGUUUGCUACUGUGAUAAAGAGAUAUUUAGAAGCAUUCAUGAUGACCAGAUCAUGAUACAAUUCCAAAAAAUGAGGGAUCGGAAGGGACAUUUGCCUCAUGAGUUCAAUGUGAUUUCUUAGAGGUAUAGAUGUCAGUGUUAAUAAUUUAAUACCUAGUACUGGUUGUGCAUGACUUAUUGUUGUCUUGCUAACAAAUGUGCGAUUUUGGACAUAUGGCUUGUGGUUGGUGACUUGGGCAUACAUUUCUAUAUUUUGGUGAGGAGGUGUUCUGUGACUACAAUAUCACUUAGUAAGAAGCAACAUCUCAUUGUCUUUUGUUGUUGCUUCUCUAGUACUUUGAUGCUUUGGUGUGUGAAUUGUAUUAACCUUUCUAGUAUGGCUAAACAUGUUACUAGUAUUUUUGUUGAAAAAUUUCAUGUUAUUUUGA